AUGCCGGCUUUUUCAGCCUUUCGAAGGUCCGAUGAUGCUUCAUCAUACUCCACACCAGCAAGGCGACACUCCGAUAUUUCUGCGAUCGAUUUCGAUAUUCCAUCUCCGCUCCCGGCUGGCCAAUCACGAGCUCCAGGUCCAGACCUUUCUGGAUCCGGUUCUGUCAGAGCUACUCCGAGAAAUGCGGGGAGACAGAUGUGGCCUUAUGAACUGGAGUCAUCGGAAUCAGAUUUGGGAUUUUUUCAUCCACAACCGUCACGUCUGGAUGAGACGCGGAUGACGAGUGAUGAAGUUUUUGAUUAUGCUGAUAUCCACGGUUUCGGUGCAAAUGAAGAAUUUGUGGCGCCUCAUGAAUUGUGGGAUCCAGUUCGGCAAAGAAUCCGAGGGUUGGUAAUUUUUAAACCUUAUUUGCUACUCUGGCCUAUGGCAACAUUAAGUGCACCAGCGGCAAAUUCCUUCAAGGAGCAGAUACCAGCACCUGUAGAUUUUAGGCUUUUUAUAUACUUCCUAUAA